AUGUCGUCCCCAGCUCACAUCCUUCCCCUAGGUAUUGGACCUGCCGAGCAUCGCCAAUUCUUCGAUGAGCUUGCGAAAAUCGUGGGAGAUGAUAACAUCUCGCGUGACGCAUCAACAGGCGCUUUAAUUGGGCCUCAUCAGCAGCACAGCUACGGCGACCCAUACGCAGUAGUCAGUGAAGAUCAGCACAUGCCCAGUGGCGCCGUUCGGCCAGCGUCUGUAGAGGAUGUACAGCAGAUUCUACGACUCGCAAAUCGAUUCGGUAUGCCUCUGUGGACUAUAUCCCGAGGUAGGAACCUUGGCUAUGGCGGCUCGUCACCUGCUGUGCCAGGAAGUGUGGUCCUCGACUUGCAUCGAAUGAACCGCGUUAUCGAAGUCAGCGAGGCAGAUGGGUAUGCUAUUGUCGAACCGGGCGUCUCUUUCUUUGACCUCUACGAAGAGAUCAAACGUCGCGAUCUCGCUCUAUGGCCAUCUUGUGCCGCGAUCGGAUGGGGGUCUGUCUUGGGCAACACGCUGGAACACGGUUUCGGCUACACUCCUGAUGGCGUGCACACAGAGGCGCAGUGCGGCAUGGAGGUCGUUCUUCCCAGCGGUGAGCUAUUGCGAACUGGAAUGGGUGCGAUGAAUGACAGUCGGCUGUUCCCUCUUUAUAAACCCGGGUUUGGACCGAGCGUAGAUGGCCUUUUCUACCAAUCAAAUUUGGGUGUGGUGACUAAACUCGGCAUUCAUAUCACCCCGGCUCCCGAGGCGUACACCGCUUGUGAGCUGAGCGUGCCAAAGGAAGAAGAUCUCACACAGCUUGUAGAGCUUCUGGCCAACCUACAGAGGCGGGGGGUCGUUACCAACCAUCCCUCCAUUUCCAAUGUUUUUCGUCAGGCUAUCCUGUGCGAGGACGAAGCCUGUAAAGCAACGCUGGCACCACAUUUCGGUCCUAACAAGAAGGUUCCAGAGAGCGUUCUGAACGAGUUGAAAUUGAGGUAUGGCUGGGGAUCUUGGAGGGCAGAGUUCGGUAUCCAAGGUGACGCGGAUGUGGUACCAGCUUUGGUCGGUUCACUGCGUCGCGCCAUUACAAAGAUUCCUGGCGCUCAGCUCCAAGUGAGGCACUUUGGCGGUCGCCCAGGCAAGUUUCUUCGAGCAGAAGAAGUGGAAACCAGAGGAAUCCCCCAUAAUGGCGUUCCGACGUUGGAGUCACUAUCCCUGAUGGACUACCGCCUCGCACCUGGAAGUGGACACACAGACUUUGCCCCAAUCAUCCCUACCUCGGGUUCGGCAUUGCUUGAAUGGUACAUGGCAGCCAAAGAGAUGGUCUCUGAAGCAAAGUUUGACUUCUUCGCCGAUUUCCACGCUUAUUCUCGAUACAUCAUCCCGAUCGUUUUGGUAGUAUAUGCUCCUGAGGAGAAGGACCGGGUACAUGAACUCUGCCAGAAGCUAAUCGAUGAUGCUGUCCGUCGCGGACUAACUACAUAUCGAACUCACGUUGAGUACAUGGAUCAGAUCAGAAAUCACUUCUCAUUCAACGGGCAUGCCCUUGCAAAGUUUGUUGAUAGCUUCAAGACCGCCUUAGAUCCUAACAAUAUUCUAUCACCUGGAAAAUCAGGAAUUAAGGGACCUAAGUAG